CCCUCCGGAAGCGCAAUUCCAGCCGUGAGCCCGAGGGGGAGGAGGGGCAGCACUGGAGGUUGAACUACGCACAAAGCGAAGGAAUCUGGGCCCUGGCCUCUCGCCUUCUGCUCUCCAGGGACUGUCUGCAGCCUUGCUUUCUUUGCACGAGCCGCAGGCCCCAGACACGGGCAAAGCCCACAAGGAAAAUGGCGGCAACGGCGACACCCCCUACGGCUUAGCGCCCUGUACUGCCAUUGGCCAGCUCUGGGAGUGAGGUCGCCGCGGAUUGGUUUAAAGCUAUGCGGGGGUGGGGGUGUAGCUGCAGCAGCCGGGAGCCAGGAGUGGGCAACGCGGUGUGAGCAGCGGCCCCAGGCUCCGGGAGACUAGCGCCCUGAGAAGACUUCGCCGCUCGGGGCCGCAGCCUGGUGAGCUCAGCCCCCUUCAGGCCCUCCCCUGCAUCCCAGCCGGAGCCUCUCGGAGCCGGCGCAGAUCGAUACAGACACACCCCGGGGACCGUAUCGCGACUUCAUCGUGCCAUAUCGCGACAUCAUUGUGCCCUGUCGAGACUCCAUUUUGUCACAGCCCUUUUCAGUAUAUAUCUUUUUCUCAAAAAUUUGCCCUGUCAUUUAUGGGGGCUCUCCACCCCCUCCAUGUCAUGAUUUUGCUGUGAUCUCUUCGUGACAUAACCUCGCCAUCGUGAAGUGUGAUUUCAUCGCUGCCCUGUCGUGACUUCAUCAAUGUCGUGUUGUGAUCUGGCUGCGGCGGGACAGGUGCUGACCGCGAGGAAACCCUCCCUUCCCAUAUCCCCGUCUUAGCAGACAGGCUUCGAUUAUCCGGCUUUUGGAGUCUCUCUUGUCCCAGGAGCUACCCGACCCCUUCUUGCUGAUCCAGCCCCUGCUGGUAUUCACAGGCUGAUAGUGGGACGGGGAGGGCGAGAACAGGGAGCUGAAGGGGUUAAUUCUGCUACCACUGCCGUCGCCGCUGCCGCUGCCGCUCCAGCUCCUGCAGUCUCUGCCUCUGCCUGCCCCAGGGAGGGAUGGGAGAGAAGGCAAGGAGCCUGUGGGGGCGUUGGAGAGCCCUGGCUAGAGGGGUGGGGUCCCCAAAGGGGCCUCCAAGCGUUCCUUGUUGGGCAAGGCGGGCAUCAUGGCCUCGGAUUGCGAACCAGCUCUGAACCAGGCAGAGGGCCGAAACCCCACCCUGGAGCGCUACCUGGGAGCCCUCCGUGAGGCCAAGAAUGACAGUGAGCAGUUUGCAGCCCUGCUGCUAGUGACCAAGGCAGUCAAAGCAGGUGACAUCGAUGCCAAGACACGGCGGAGGAUCUUUGAUGCCGUUGGCUUCACCUUUCCUAAUCGUCUCCUGACCAGCAAGGAGGCACCCGAUGGCUGCCCUGACCAUGUUCUCAGGGCCCUAGGUGUGGCCCUGCUGGCCUGUUUCUGCAGUGACCCUGAACUGGCCACCCAUCCCCAGGUCCUGAACAAGAUCCCCAUCCUUAGCACUUUUCUCACAGCCCGGGGAGACCCCGACGAUGCUGCCCGCCGCUCCAUGAUCGAUGACACCUACCAGUGCCUGACAGCCGUAGCAGGCACACCCCGUGGGCCCCGGCACCUCAUUGCUGGUGGCACUGUGUCUGCCCUUUGUCAGGCAUACCUGGGGCAUGGCUAUGGCUUUGACCAAGCCCUGGCACUCCUAGUGGGGCUGCUGGCCGCUGCAGAGACCCAAUGCUGGAAGGAGGCGGAGCCCGACUUGCUGGCUGUGUUACGAGGCCUCAGUGAGGAUUUCCAGAAAGCUGAGGAUGCCAGCAAGUUUGAGCUCUGCCAGCUGCUGCCCCUCUUUCUGCCCCCAACAACCGUGCCCCCUGAAUGCCUCCGGGAUCUGCAGGCUGGGCUGGCACGAAUCUUGGGAAGCAAGCUGAGUUCCUGGCAGCGCAACCCUGCACUGAAGCUGGCAGCCCGCCUGGCUCACGCCUGCGGGUCCGACUGGAUCCCAGCGGGCAACUCUGGGAGCAAGUUCCUGGCCCUCCUGGUGAAUCUGGCAUGUGUGGAGGUACGGCUGGCCCUGGAGGAGACAGGCACAGAGGUGAAGGAAGAUGUGGUGACUGCCUGCUAUGCCCUUAUGGAGCUGGGGAUCCAGGAGUGUACCCGCUGUGAGCAGUCACUGCUUAAGGAGCCACAGAAGGUGCAGCUUGUGAGCAUCAUGAAGGAGGCCAUUGGAGCUGUCAUCCACUACCUGCUGCAGGUGGGGCCAGAGAAGCAGAAGGAGCCCUUUGUGUUUGCCUCCGUGCGGAUCCUGGGUGCCUGGCUGGCUGAGGAGACCUCAUCCCUGCGGAAGGAGGUGUGCCAGCUGCUGCCUUUCCUUGUCCGCUAUGCCAAGACCCUCUACGAGGAGGCUGAGGAGGCCAAUGACCUUUCACAACAAGUGGCCAACUUGGCCAUCUCCCCUACAACCCCAGGACCUGCCUGGCCAGGGGACGCACUCCGGCUCCUUCUUCCUGGCUGGUGCCACCUGACUGUGGAAGAUGGGCCCCGGGAGAUCCUGAUCAAGGAGGGGGCCCCCUCACUUCUGUGCAAGUACUUCCUGCAACAGUGGGAGCUCACAUCCCCCGGCCAUGACACCUCAGUGCUGCCUGACAGUGUGGAGAUCGGCCUGCAGACCUGCUGCCACAUCUUCCUCAACCUCGUGGUCACUGCACCAGGGCUGAUCAAGCGUGAUGCCUGCUUCACAUCUCUGAUGAACACUCUGAUGACGUCACUGCCUGCACUAGUGCAGCAACAAGGGAGACUGCUUCUAGCUGCCAACGUGGCCACCCUGGGGCUCCUCAUGGCCAGGCUCCUGAGCACUUCUCCAGCUCUUCAGGGAACCCCAGCAUCCCGAGGUUUCUUCGCAGCCGCCAUCCUCUUCCUAUCACAGUCCCACGUGGCAAGGGCCACGCCUGGCUCCGAGCAGGCAGUGCUGGCCCUGUCCCCUGACUACGAGGGCAUCUGGGCUGACCUGCAGGAGCUGUGGUUCCUGGGUAUGCAAGCCUUCACAGGCUGCGUGCCACUGCUGCCUUGGCUGGCUCCUGCCGCCCUGCGCUCCCGCUGGCCGCAGGAGCUGCUCCAGCUGUUAGGCAGUGUCAGCCCCAACUCCGUCAAGCCUGAGAUGGUGGCCGCCUAUCAGGGCGUCCUGGUAGAAUUGGCACGGGCCAACCGGCUGUGCCGGGAGGCCAUGAGGCUGCAGGCAGGUGAGGAAACGGCCAGCCACUACCGCAUGGCCGCCUUGGAGCAGUGCCUGUCAGAGCCCUGAGUGGUGUCCACUGGGGACAGACUCGGGGGCGGGUAGCGAGGGAAGGAGGGAGGAGGCAUCUUCCCUGAAGCCCCAAAACUGGAUCCCCCUCCCCAGACUUCCCCCCCAAACACCCCAGCUUUCUGGCUUUUCUGAGGGCAAGGGCAUGGUGCCCACCACUCAAGUGUAAGGAACUGCAUCCCGCCCCCCAGGCCUCCAUGGGGGCAGGGAUGGGCUUGGAAAUCAAUGUGGUUGUCCCCGCCAGGCCGGGGAAGGUUGGAGUAGCCCCCAGGGAGGGGGGCACUAGGUGUCAUUGUGCCCAAUGUCUGGCUCCUCUGCAGGAGGAAGGUCCCAGAGUAGGACAGGGCUGGCAGGAGCUGACUGCCUUAGCCCAUGUGCCCUGCCGGCCAGGGCGUGGCCUCCCCAGACUGUGGUGCCCCUCUGGCCCCCCAGGUCCACGUCCUUUAUAUUGGCCAUUUGGCUCUUGCCCUUGACCCUCUUGGGCAGAGUGUAGGCUCAGGCCAUUGACAUCAAAGUUCUUCCUUUCAACUCCAGUGACCAGGGUCUGAGCUGCCCUGUCCUUUCAGGGCAGCCUGGGGCAGACGAGCCCAUGGGGGGUGGGGAACCUCCUUCCACCCGAGCUUCCUUGAGGGAACCCAAGAGUGCUUGGGCCCAAGUCUCUAAGCUUUCGUGUCAUGUUGCAGCAGAGUGAUGAGGGGGGUUAGGGGUUAUUUAUUUAUUUUGCUUGUCCUUAUCCUUGCUUGGAUACCUGAGCAUCUGAUCCUUGUCCCCUUGAUACCAUCUGGCUGGAGCCAGGAACAAGAGGGACAGCUCCCUAGAAUCCGCAUGUUUCUCCAAUGAUUGCACCCCAUUGCCACCGUGGUGCCUGGCUUCAAUUCCCACCCCUGCUAUGACUCCUCUCUGCAGAGAGACGCGACUGGCGGCUCCAGCAGGGACUACCUUCCUUAUCAACCUGGUGGGGGAGGGCCCCUUCCUCCCCACCUAACCCCUUGCUACCCCCACCCCAACCCUCCUCCAGUGCGUUCUGUGACCGCCAAGUUCAAAGCUGUGCACAUGUGGACACUCAAUAAAUGU